GGAAGUGGUUCUUCUUCGUGGGUGGAGGCCUGCGCCGCCGCCGAGUGCCACGUUGCUGGAGCCCAGUGGGGACGUGGAAACUCUCAGUCAGUGCCGGGUGGGCCGGUGGUGUUACUUACCUCCUUUUGCCUGCUUUUGUGCCCCGUUAGUCGUUGAAAAGAAGGAUUUCUGCUCCGUUUUUGUUUUUUUAAUAUAUCUUUUUUUGUAUCCAGUGUGUGCGUGUAUGUGUCAGGACGAGCAAGGAUGAAACUGAAGGAGAUCAACCGCACGGCCAUCCAAUGCUGGAGCCCGGCGCAGCACCACCCCAUCUACCUGGCGACGGGUACGUCCGCCCAGCAGCUGGACGCCUCCUUCAGCACCAGCGCCUCCUUGGAGAUCUUCGAGUUGGACCUGUCCGACCCGUCGCUGGACAUGAAGUCAUGCGGCAGCUUCUCUUCCUCUCACAGGUACCACAAGCUGGUGUGGGCUUCUUUCGGAACAGACUCCCAAGAGCACCCGGCAGGCGUGGUCAUCGCCGGGGGGGAGAACGGCAACGUGAUCCUCUACGACGCCGCCAAGGUGGUGGCCGGGGAGAGCGACGUGGUGGUGGCGGAGAGCGACAGGCACACGGGCCCGGUCAGGGCUCUGGACGUCAACCCCUUCCAGGCCAACCUCUUUGCCUCCGCUGGGAACGAGUCUGAGAUCUACAUCUGGGAUAUCAACAACUUCAACUCCCCCAUGACACCUGGGCCCAAAAAUCAGCCCGUGGAGGACAUCAGCUGUGUGUCGUGGAACAAGCAGGUGCAGCACAUCCUGGCCUCCGCCAGUCCCAGCGGCCGUGCGUCCGUGUGGGACCUGCGCAAGAAUGACCUCAUCAUCAAAGUCAGCGACCACAGCAACCGAAUGCACUGCUCCGGCCUGGCGUGGAACCCGGAGGUGGCCACCCAGCUGGUCCUGGCCUCCGAGGACGACCGCAUGCCCGUCAUCCAGAUGUGGGAUUUACGAUUCGCCACGUCUCCUCUCAAGAUCCUGGAGAACCACACCAGGGGCGUCCUCGCCAUCGCCUGGAGUCUGGCCGACCCCGAGCUGCUCCUCAGCUGCGGGAAGGACAGCAGGAUCCUGUGCUGGAACCCCGGCACGGCGGAGGUGGUCUACGAGCUGCCCACCGGCAGCCAGUGGUGCUUCGACGUCCAGUGGUGCCCCAGGAACCCGGCGGUGCUUUCGGCCGCCUGCUUCGACGGCCGCAUCGGCAUUUACUCCGUCAUGGGCGGCAGCAGUCGGCACGCCGAGCAGAUGUCCACCUCCUUGGCCAACAUGGACCCGUUUGGAACAGGCCAGACGUUGCCCCCCUUGCAGCUGCCCCAGUCAGCCGCCCCCCCAGCCAGCGUCAACCCCCUGAAGAAGCCCCCCAAGUGGAUCCGCAGGCCCGUGGGGGCGUCCUUUGCCUUCGGAGGCAAGCUGGUGUCCCUGGAGAACACCGCCGCCGACUCCCAGCAAGGCAGCGCACGCGUGGUCCACGUCAGCCAGGUGGUCACUGAGACCACCUUCUUGGAGCGCUCCCUGCGCCUUCAGGACACGCUCACUGCCGGCGUCUUCCAGGACUUCUGCCAGGAGAAGAUCCACGCCGCCGAGGACGACUUCGACAAAACUGUCUGGUCUUUCCUCAAGGCCAACUUUGAAAGUGACGUUCGCAGUAAGUUCCUGGAGCUUCUGGGCUACAACAAAGAGGAGCUGGGCGCCAAGAUUUCAGCAGCUCUGGAGGGAAAGCCCGCGGACGCUCUCACGGAGGACGUGUGCGCCACAGCCAGCGUGCAGCCACCGCCGCCACCGCCGCUGGACGACAAUCCGGAGGCGGCGUUCGACCUGAUCGGCGCCUCGAACCUUCAGACAGGCGAGGAGUCGGCCGCGGAAGGUCUGGACGAGGAUGUGGCUCCAGAGGAGGAGGGGGAAGAGAUCGCCUUGGAGGAGGACGUCCCCCUGGAGGAGGAGUCCUCUCCCGCCACCACGCCGGCGCAGGUGGAGGAGCCCGUGGAGGCUCCCGCUGGAGGAGUCAGCCUCGGCAUCAGUCAAGAUGUGGAUGGACUGAUCACGCAGGCCCUGCUGACCGGCGACUUUGAGGCCGCCGUGGAGCUCUGUCUCCAUGACAACCGCAUGGCCGACAGCAUCAUCUUGGCCAUCGCCGGUGGGGCCGAGCUCCUGGAGAAAACCCAGAGGAUGUAUUUCAGGAAAACACACAGUAAGAUCACCAAGCUGAUCAGCGCCGUGGUGAUGAAAGACUGGCACGACGUCCUGAAGACGUGCGACCUGCACAACUGGAGGGAAGCCCUGGCGGCCAUCAUGACCUACGCUCAGCCCGAGGAGUUCUCCUCACUUUGCGACCUCCUUGGGGCUCGUCUGGAGGCGGCUGACGAGGCUCAGCUGCAAGCGAACGCCUGCCUGUGCUACAUCUGUGCUGGCAACAUGGACAAGCUGCUUUCCUGCUGGACCGCAGCGCUGGAGCGACAUUGUCCUCUCUCUCUGCAGGGACUGGUGGAGAAGGUGGUGGUGCUGCGGCGUGCGGUGGAGCAGACGCAGCGCUCGGGCCCCGCCGCCAUCGGCGUCUUGCUGGCGGAGACGAUGGGCCACUACGCCGGCCUUCUGGCCUCCCAGGGCAGCCUGUCCACCGCCAUGGCCUACCUGCCCGACAACACCGACCAGGUGGCCGUGCGACAGCUCCGCCAGCGCCUCACCCAGGCUCUGGGUCAACAGAAGGCGGCGGCGGCGGCGGCGGCGGUGGCUCCACUUCAGACACACAACACUCCGUCUUCACGCGGCGCCACGCAGCACCGCCAUCCCUUCACUCCGGUCCAGCCUCAUGCCACCCCGGCUCCACCUGUGCCUGCACCGACCUCGGUCCCACCACAGCAGCAGUAUUACCAACCCGUAAGGCCUACCUCCACCGUCACUUCCUGGAGUAACCAAACUCCGACAGCCCUCCCCAGUGCUCCACACCCUCUGCAGGUGGGCCCCGCCUCUCAGCAGAAGGUGGAGCCGCCCAAGCCUGUGUACGGGAUGGCUGGUGCCUACAUGUCGUCCCAGCAGUACCAGCCCCCCCCCCAGGUGGAGCACUACACACCUGGAGCCUAUCAGCCUCUUCACUACUCCUCCUCUCCCCCUCCCCCGCCCGGCUUCCUCUCUCACUACACCCAGCCUGCACCCCCACCCAGCCUGCCCUCACCCACCUCCUCUCAUCCUUCUUUAUACUCCUCCUACUCCUCCUCAUCCUCUCAUCCUCCUUUCUCCACCUCCUCCUCCUCCUCUCACUACACCCAGCCUGCACCACCCCCCAGCCUGCCCUCGCCCACCUCCUCUCAUCCUCCUUUCUCCCCCUCCUCCUCCUUCCCGCCUCAGCAUCCUCUGUCCUCCUGCGGAGCCUCUUUCCAGCACGGCGUGCCAGGCUCACCUGGGUCCUACGCACCGCCCCCUCUGCCGGGUGGAGUCUCAGGUCCUCAGAACGGCUGGAACGACCCCCCAAACCUCAGCAGGUCGUCCAAGAAGAAGAUGUCUGAGAAGUUCACCCCGCCCGUGCCCAUCACCGCCCCCAUCAUGAGGCCCCUGGGCGCCGACCCUCAGGCGCAGCCCGUAGCGCCGCAGGGCCCGGCAGCGGGCUUACACGGCGCCCAGGCCCCGUACUCGGGCGUGCAGCAGACCUCGCCCGCGAACCCGGGCCUGCCCAAGACCAGCACGGAGGGGGCCCCGGGGGCCCCGACGGGCGACGCCAUGCAGACCUUGCCCGCCGAGAAGAUCCUGAAGAAGCCGAUCCCCGACGAGCACCUGGUCCUCAAGACCACCUUUGAGGGCCUCAUCCAGAAGUGCUUGGCCGUGGCCACGGACCCGCAAACCAGGAGGAAGCUGGACGACGCCAACAAACGACUGGAGGCGCUCUAUGACAAGCUGAGGGAGCAGUCGCUCUCCCCCGCCAUCGUGGGCGGUCUGCACGACAUGGCGAGGAGCGUGGCGUCGCGCUCGUACGGCGAGGGUCUCAACAUCCACACGCACAUUGUGGGCAGCAGCAACUUCAGCGAGACGUCCGCCUUCAUGCCCGUCCUCAAGGUGGUGCUGACGCAGGCCAACAAGCUGGGAGUGUGAGCGCACAGAGAGACGUCGCCAUGGCAACCAAUCAAGGGCUCUUUUCAACUUCCUCCACCAAUCACAUCCAUCGCUUUGAAACACCAGGUGAAGAGUGCAGGACUCCUCAAACACUCUUUUCUUCACUUCACCUCAUCAUUGGCAAACAAUUAUUCGAGUAAAAAACAGAUUUGUAAGUAAAAAAAAUAAUUUCUAACAGUAAAAAAACAAACAGUUUUCUCCAUUAAAAUAAAAAAAAUCUGAAGUAAAAAAACAAAACAAUUAUCGACCAGUAAAAUGAUUUGCAUGUAAAAAAAAAAACAAAAAACAUUUUCAAGUAUAAAAUUAAUUUUUUUGCAAGUAAAAAAAUGUAUUUGGUUGUAAAAUAAAAUGUAUUUUCCAAGUAAAAAAAAAAAUUCAAGUAAGAAAAAAGAUUUGAAAGUAAUAAAAAUUAUCUGAAAGUGAAAAAAAAUUAUGUCAAAAUGGUUCGCAAGUGAAAAAAAAUUCCUUCAAAUAAAGAAACAUUUGCAAGUACAAACAAAAAAUUAUUCAAAUGAAAAAAAGGAUUCGCAAGUCAUAAAACAAUUGUCUUCAAUCCCAAAAAACCAUUUGCAAGUAUAAGGAAAAAUCAUUGAAAUGAAAAAACAAUUUUCACGUAUAAAAACAAGCUUCUUCAAUAAAAAACAUUUGCAGGUAUAAGAAAUUAAAAAGGAUUCCCAAGUAUAAAAACAAUUAUUUUCAAAUAAAAAAGCUUCAGUAAGUCCUAAAACUUGUUUUCUAUUUAAAAAAAAAAACAUUCACAAGUAUAAAAACUAUUUUCUGCAAGUCAAAGAAGCCACCAUGCGCAAAUGGACUCAGCAGCACCACCUGGUGGUGUAGAGGAAGAACUACAGGUGCUCUGAGUGCAAGUGGAAUAUUACUGCCAAGUUUCAACUGGAAUACAUUUGUGUUUCUUUACUUGCAAAUCUUUUCUUUUUUUUAAAGAAGAAAAUAGUUUUUUUUACUAGAAAAUUAGUUUUUCUUUAUUGAAGAAAAUAGUUUUUUUUCCAUCCAUUUUCUAUUGCUUGUCCCUUUCGGGAUCACGGGGGGUGCUGGAUAGAAGGAAAUUGUUUGUUUUUUUACUAGCAAAUUAGUUUUUAUGAUUGAAGUAUUUUUUUUUUUUUUUACAUGCAAUUAGUUUUUUUGAUUGAAGAAAAUCGUUUGUUUUUUUCUAAAUAGCAAUUUUUUUUAAUCAAAGUAAAUUGUUUUUUUAUUGAAGUAAAUUAUAUUUUUAACUUGCGAUUUGUUUUUUAAUUGAAGAAAAUAGUUGUUGUUUUAAAUAGCAAGGGUUUUUUUUUAUCAAAGAAAAUAGUUUUUUUUAUUAAUGUCAAUUAAUAUUUUUACUUCCAAUUUGUUUUUUAAUUGAAGAAAAUUGUUUUUUUUAAAUAGCAAGUUGUUGUUUUUUAUCAUAGAAAAUUGUUUUUUUUACUAGCAAAUUUGUUUGUUUUUUGAUUCAAGUAAAUUUUUUUUUGCUUGUGAUUUGUUCACUGGAAUAAUGUUUAAAUUUUUUUAAAUAGCACAUUUUUUAAAAUAAAAUUAAAACAUUUUUUUUAAUUGAAGUAAAUUUUUUUUUGCUUGCAAUUUGUUUUUUUAAUUGAAGAAAAUGUAUUUUCUUUUUUUUUUUUUACAAGCAAAUAGUUUUUUUUAAUUAAAGAUAUGUGUUUUUUUAAUGAAGAACAUUAUUUUUAACUGGCGAAUGGCGUGAGUAAAAAAUAUUUCUGUGGCGUUUGGCAUUACUUUCACUUUGUACGUAAUCCUUUCUUACAUGGAAGUGAAGGAAAAGGGACGUUCAGGAAUCUCGUGGACAUUUCCGCCUACAAAGGCGAUAGCGGAAUAGAAUUAGAAACAUUGCAAUUGUAACCUUCACGGUUGUAUUUUUGCCUCAUACCUGUGAGAAUCCUGCGUGCGACUGAAGCUUCAAGGAGUGGGACUAGGUGCAGUGUGCUCAAAACAACCACCAGGUAGCAUCUUUGAGCAGAUAAUACUGUAUCAUCUCUUAUCAGGUCAGUAGUGCGUUAUUGACUACGAGGCAAAAACUGUAGUCCCUUUUCAUUUUUUUACACAGCGGCAUUUGCUUGCAUUUUAAUGACACUCACGUUCAUUCAGUGCUGAAUCUCACUCGUCGGACCAAAGCACAGCAAUGCAAUUUUUCUGUCUCAAUGUAAUCAAGAAAAUAAGUGCAAUGGACUAACAAUGUGUAGAAAGUAUGCAUGCUUAAUGCAGGCUAAAUGACUCCAUUCAUGUUGUUGAUGAAAAAGAAAAGUCUGUCAUGCAAUUAUUUUCAAUAAAUAAUAUUUAUUUACAGU